UACUUUGCUAAUUGUGCUGACACAGUGCGCAUCAUCUCAUCAAGGAAUGUACACGUUUAAUAUUUCAGAGGUUAUAGAUUAGGAGAGAGUGCAGACACUUUUGAAGGGCGUCUGUCGGGACGAGCACCGUUGGAUAGCCUCCUUUGUCACCUGCUGACAUCUUGUGCCAUUAUUACUAAGUUGAGCUGGUCUCUCCGUAAACCGUCUCUUCAUGUGUGUGUGGAGCCAGAUCUGAAGUGUGCCUCGAAAAAAGACGGAGCACCUGCUUGGACUCUUAAGUCCAGGAUCCCGUCACUCCCAACUGUGAGGUGCCCUCCUCCACACUGCAGACAGGAUGUCAUGGCGUCCUCCGUACCGCAGCUCCAAGUUCCGCCAUGUGUUCGGGAAGGCUGCCACCAAAGAGCACUGCUAUGACGGCGUGCCCAUCUCAAAGAGUGUCCAGGACAACCACUUCUGCGCCGUCAAUCCACGCUUCCUCGCCGUCAUCACAGAAUGUGCAGGAGGUGGGGCUUUCCUGGUCCUGCAUCUCCGCCAUACUGGGAAGAUCGAUCCACAUUAUCCCCGAGUGUCAGGCCACAGGGGGAACGUGCUGGACAUCAAGUGGAAUCCAUUUGAUGACUUCUGCAUAGCCUCAUGUUCAGAGGAUGCCACAAUCAAAAUAUGGGAUAUACCAAAGGAAGGGGUCACACACAAUAUUACCGUGCCUUCAAAAGAGCUGCAAGGCCACUCACGAAGAGUAGGACUCAUCGAGUGGCACCCUACUGCCGGCAAUAUACUCUUCAGCACUGCAUAUGACUACAAGAUCAUGGUGUGGAACUUAGACAUUGAAGAGCAGGUCAUCAGGAACCCUGUGCGGACAAUCACUGUACAUCAAGAUGUGGUCCUCUCCAUGUCCUUUGACACAGAUGGCAACAGAUUGACCACAUCCUGCAAGGAUAAAAAGAUUCGCGUAAUUGACCCGCGAACAGGAGUCCUGCUCCAGGAGAGCAACAGUAAAUCUCAUAAAGCCAGCAAAGUUAUCUACCUGGGCAAUAUGAAGAUGCUCCUCUCCACUGGAUACUCAGGUUGGAACAAUCGUGAGAUAGCACUUUGGGAUCAGGAUGAUCUCUCCACCCCUCUUCACCAUGAAGACCUGGAUGGGUCCUCUGGUGUGAUUUUCCCCUUCUUCGACCCUGACACACACAUGCUGUAUCUGGCUGGCAAGGGGGAUGGAAAUAUCAGGUACUAUGAGAUCAGCUCCAAGAAGCCAUACAUUCACUUUUUAACAGAGUAUCUGUCCAGUCUACCUCAGAAGGGAAUGGGUUUUAUGCCAAAGCGUGGGCUGGAUGUCAACUCCUGUGAGGUUUUUAGGUUCUAUAAGUUGGUGACAAUCAAGAGCAUCAUCGAGCCUCUCUCCAUGAUCGUCCCCCGCAGGUCGGAGACGUAUCAAGAGGACCUUUAUCCAAUGACGGCAGGUUAUGAGCCAGCCAUGAUGGCAGAUCAGUGGCUGGAUGGAAUGAACAAAGGUCCUGUAUUGAUGUCUUUGAAACCAGGUAGCAAGCCCGACUCCAUAACAGGACUGACAUCAGGAAAGGCACUCAGUUCUCUGGAGACGCGGCGCUCUCUGCGUCGGCCGGGCUUACUGCAGCCAUCCCCCAUACAGAAUCAGCAGGACACCAAGGAGAACAAGGAGCCCCAGCCCUCACUCCAGGGGCGGCCCUGGCAGGACGACAAGAAUGGCAGUGCCAUUAGCAACGGGCAAGACCACACGCAGAACUCACCACCCAAAACUGUGAAUGAGUUGAGACAGGUAUAUUACCGUCAACAGGAUGAGAUCCGGCGUUUACGGGAGCUGCUAGGCCAAAGAGAUGUCCAGAUCAAGCAGCUGGAGCUGGAGAUAAAGAACGUGAGGAACUCCCAGGGCUCACAUUGAGCUGCCCAAUUCAUGCUGAUGGGUCUACUUCGCUUGGAAAGAUAUGAUUUUAUUAUUUUUUUAUUGUUGUUUUUAUGUUUGACAUUGUUUUUAAUUUCAUGAUUCUAUGUAACAAAAAACCCUUGUAAAUAAAAUGUAAACAAUUUAUGCAAUUUUUUCUGCCAUGCCUCUGCCUUCUCUCCCUUACCUGCUGAACCAGUAAGGGCCAAAGCUGGACUGGGAGAGAAGUUGAAGCUCUUAUAAAGUGUGUUUUUUUUACUAUCGUCACGUGCGUGCGGGCGUUCUGAACAUGUGCGUGCGUGAACGUGUGUGUGCGCAUAACCGUGUGUGUGUACGUGUGAACGUGUGUGUGCGUGAGAGUGGUGUAGGGUUUUUUAACAUGUUACUGGAGAUGAGAAUAUUUAAAGAAAAAACUUAUUCUAUAUAAAAUUUAGAUUUUAUACUGUUCACAAGGCAUCAUUACAAGUUGCUUAUGGAUUAUGUUGUGAGCAUGGCAAGCUGCUGCAAACUAUUACACAACCAUUUCACUGACUGCACUGUUCACUACUGUAUGUACCGGUAGUCACCAUGCAGUCACCAUAGAUCAUGCUCUGACAUUUGCUCUUUGAGUGUUUACAUGGUGGCACCAAAUGUGUAAAAAAUGUCUAUACUUGUAUGUUAAUAUCUACUGCCACCAGGAUUGUGCUACAAA